AAAACAGCUUAAAAAUCAAAGCAUUAUUCUUUGAUAAAAACACAAUAUUUAUAUUUUACUAAAUAUUUUAUCAAAUAGUGGAACUUAGGAAAUUAAACCAAUAAAAUGACCAAAGGAUACAAAACCAAAGAAUCAACUUAUUUAGAGCAACUGGAAAAGAAGAGGAAAAGAGUCGCUGCUGACUUACAAAGGGAAAUCGAUGAAAGAAAAGCAAGUUUAGAUUCACCGUCGUCAUCAUCAACAUCAUCAUCAUCAACAACAGAAUCAACUGAAUAUUCAAUUUCACAAGACGAAGAUAGUGAAAAUACCCUGAAUAUUUUAGAUACCUUAUAUGACACCGUGGAUAGUUCUACGGAUGAGGAAGCAAUCGAAGAAGAACAAGAAACAUUAGCACAUGACAAGAUAUUCUUUGAAAAUUUUGGCGAAUUGCCAGACAUAACAAAUAUAUCGGAAGAUAUAAGUGUUUGUACUAUAGUAGAGGAAAAGGAAGUGAUACCAAAGGAUACCACUAAAGAUAUGGGACAUUUUGUUAAUCCUUUAACAGGUUCAGAAUUUCACAUGCAUGUAGGAUCCUUUUCUCUAUCACAGGAUAAUUCAAAAGCAUCUUCGGUAGCAAGCGAAGAUACAGUUUCCGAAUCACAACAGUCCGAAUUAAGUGAAAACUUAUUACCCGAUGAUAUAUUAUUUGCAGAGACUCAACCUACUUCUUAUGACAAAGAGGAAGAUGAAACUACUAAUGUACUUUUUGAAACAUUUUUACAAUUAGAAACAACAAAAGUUGAGCAAAUAGUUGAUGAUAUCGAUUGGGAGGCAAUUGCUAAACAGCAGGAAGAUAAACUGAUACUUGAAAACACAUUGGAAUUUAUAAAUGAUAUUAUACAACGAGUGGUUGAAAUAGCCGAACGGAUAAGUCCCGAAGUAAUUUUAAGACAAAAUCUUGAUAAACGUAAACUCUUAUCAGAAAUCUCACAAGUACAUCAGCAAUAUGUAAUUGAGCUGAAAGUUUCAGAUUGGCUUAAUCAAAAAGUAGUGGAAUAUUUUAAACGUAAAAAAAUAUUUCGUCCUAUAAUUCCAGAGAAUAUCAAAACUUUGCCUCAGGAGAAAGAAAAAUAUAUUAAUGCUGUAAGACGUUUAGACGAGUUAUUAGCUAAGGCUGCCGAUGAUUCUACUACAUGUAAAGUCAAACGAAUUCGUACAGAAUUAGAGAAUGCCAAACAGAAAGUGAAUACUGAAGUAUUGAUGUUCGAAAGUUUGGUUAAGAUGAAUUUAGUUAGAGAAACUAGUCCACAAUGGAAUACUCUUAUCGACCUAUUAUUACGAAGGAUGGCAAAAUAUCGUACAGAAGUAAGCGAAGUACGAUAUCGAAUGAUAACAAGGCAAGAUACGCAUGCGCUGCUGUUAGAGAAACUAACUAAACUUGAAGAUUUGGGCAAUGGUUUGACCAUUAAAGAUUAUGAUCACAUACAAACCGAAAAUCAAGCCUUGGGCAAGAAAAUUGAAGAACGUAACAUUGAUCUCAAAAAACUUUAUUUACGGUCACAAAAUUGCCUUCAUUUGUUGGCACAUUUUAGAGAGAAAAAAUCCAUCCUCUGUAAUGUUAUGGCAACACAACGAUCCGCCUUAUACGAAUUCUAUGAAGAACGGCGUUCUUUGAGAAAAUACAUUUAUGAAUUAAAAUUAAAACGAAGUCGCCUACGACAAGAAAUUAAUGAAUUGAGUAUACGGGGUGGUCUAAUCGAUAAACCGGCUCUAAUGUACGACUAUGAUCAGACGAUGGAGCGUUUGAGAGAACUACGUGAAAUAGUGAAUCGUUUAAGAAUCACUUUAGAUACUAUUCAGCAAAGAAUACAAAAGCUGGAAAAACGAUUAACCCAAACUAAUCAUAAUUUUUCUAUGAUUAAUUUCCCAAAAAAAAAUCAAAAUUCUACAAAAAUGCCUUCAAUAGAUAGAAAAAUGCGGGAAAAACGUUCAAAAAACGCAAAGAAAACCAAAACUGAAAUUCCAUUAACAAAGUCAAAUGUUGAAUUAGAAUCUAGUAAAUCAAAAGCAAAAAACCUUACUGUGGAGUUCAAUAACAGAAGCGAUUUUAACAGAACAUCAGACCUUAAAGCAAAAACGAAUUUAGAAUCAUUGACAAAUGCCAACAAAACCAUUGAUAGCCAAAGGCUAAUGGUGCUCAAAAAGAAUCAAUUAUUAAACAAGUUUAUAAACAAUGAACUUCUGGAAAAAGUUGUAUCGGAAAUUGACUCUAUAGGAUCAUCUUCGGAAUCAGAGGAAAUCCUAGAAAUUAUAGUAGAGGAAGAACCACAGGAUUUUAAUGCUUUAGAUGAUCCAGAAAAAUUUCUACAAUUGGAGACAUUUUUCGAAGAAGAUAUAUUAUCUGAUGAAGAACUGGAUCAUAUAAAAGAAAAUAAGUUCGAAAAGGAGUUAUUUGAAAUGUUUGAAAAUGUUCCAGAAAUAGACGACCUGUCAUUGGCGCCUACAGAUGAUUUGGUGAUUAAAUAUCCAAUAAUUUUAGAAAUCGACCCAACUAAUGCCAAAGAUACAGGGAAAUUUGUUAAUCCAUUAACUGGAACGAAAUCCUCAUCUUCUGCCAGCCUAAGCACAAUAACCAAGGAGGAUGAAGAACAUCACAGUACAGAAGAAAGUGAACUAGAAGAAACUGAAACGGAAGAAAAAAUAUCUCAGAAGAAUAAAAGUGAUAAUUCGAUUGGCGACUUAGUAGAAUCUGCUGAUGAAUUCGAUGAUGUCCCUAAGCAAGCAAAAACUUAUGAUGAUGAGGAUUUGCUUGAGAAAUUCUUUGAAAAAGAUCAAGAAAUUGAAAUAAAGGAUUUAGAUGAAUAUCAUGAAGCCAAAGUUGCCUUAAUGCGUAAAGAACAAGAGCGUCUUAUUCUACAGCACACCUCAGAUUUUCUAAAUAAAUUAAUUGAUCAUUGUGUGGCCAAAUCCGAAUAUAUAGAUGCUAAUGUAAUAUUACGAAAGAAUCUAGAUAAAAGAAAAUUACUGGAAGAAAUUAAAUCUAAAUAUGAGCUAUUGGAGGUGGAACGAAGAGCAAUGCGAUUUCUAAAUCGUAAAUGUGUAGAACAUUUCAAACGCAAAUGCUCUUUUCGCCUGAUUACAGCUGACGAUCCUAAGACUUUUAGCAAUGAUAGCAAAAAUUACUAUAAUGCUCUUGAUAAUCUAGAUAAAUUGUUAAUUACAGAAGAAAAAACCAAAGGUCUAUGCUCGGCUCAAGUUAUGGAAACGAGAGAGCAAUUUAAAGAAAUGAAACAAAGGAGCAAAAUGGAAGUAAAUCGACUAGAACAAUUGAUCAAAACAACAUUUCAAAGGGAAAAUUCUGAAAAGCUUAAAAUACUAUCGCUAAGUAAACAAUUAGAAAAAAUGGCUGCGAUUAGAAAAGAAAUUUCGGAUGUUCGUUUCAGACUUUUGUUAAAACAACAUGAUGUUUCAGAACUAGGACAGGAAAGGAAAAUAUUGGAAAAUUUGGGAAAUGAUAUGCAAUUGACACAAUAUGAAACUAUGGAGACAGAAACGAAUGUUUUAAGCAAAAAACUAGAGGAACGAAACUCCGCACUCAUGAGACUUCAUAAACAUUAUAAUUCAGAUCUUCACAACAUGGCCCAUUUGAAGGAAAAACAAAAAAUGUUGCGACACAUUGUAAGCGAGAAAAAGAAAUAUUUAAAAAAAUUACAAAUACAAAAAAACACCUGUCGAACGUUUAUGUCGGAACUUAAAAUUAAACGGCAGAAGCUAAGAUCCGAUAUACGUAAUGUCAGCUUUCAAAGUGGUCUGCUCGAUAAGCCUAUAUUAAUGAGAGACUAUGAUGAAACUGAGGAGAAGGCAAACAAAUUACGUCAAACUAUUGAUGAUUUAAAAAAUACUAUUGAAGCAUUAACCACUAAAAUUAGUGUAUUAGAGAAAAAAGUAUAAUCAAAUUGUUAAUAAUAUUAGAGAAGCUUAUUCUUUAACAAUUAGUUUGAAUACAUAAGUGAUAAAAUUUGUAAAUUAUUUGCAUAAAAAAAUAAAUCUCGAAAGUAUUUUGUAAAAAAAAAUAUGUAAUUUAUAAUUAAUUUAAGAAAUUAUUCAUAAAGUGACUAAUAAUAUCGUUAAUAA